AUGACCGGAAAUGAUCAUACUAUCACCGAUUCGGAGUUGGGUGCAAAGGUCGACUUGAGCCAUGAGGAGGUGGUCCAUAUGGCUGGGUUGACUGAGGAGGAAAAGGUUGUUGAGAAGAAAUUGCGCCGGCGCAUUGAUACUCUGAUUAUGCCUUUGGUCAUUCUGGUUUAUCUGAUGAAUUAUAUCGAUCGAAACAACUAUGCCGCAGCAAAGCUCCAAGGUCUGGAGGAGGACCUGGGUCUCGAUGAUACGAAAUACCAAACUGGCCUGUCUAUUCUGUUCGUCGGAUACAUUCUGAUGCAGGUACCUUCCAACUUGCUUCUGAACUAUAUGGGUCGUCCUUCACUAUACAUUGGAUUCUUCGUUUGUGCUUGGGGCUUGGUAUCUGCUUUGACAAGUCAAGUGACUAGCUAUGGAGGCAUUGUUGCAUGCAGGUUUAUUCUGGGUUUCGUCGAGGCACCCUUCUUUAGUGGCGUCCUAUUCUAUCUUUCGAAAUGGUACACCAAGAAAGAGUUGGCUUUCCGGAUGAGUAUCUUUUACUCUGGCUCCUUACUGAGCGGAGCGUUCGGAAACCUCAUCGCCGCCGGUAUCCUUCACGGUCUUAAAGGAAAGCGAGGAAUGUCCGCCUGGCAAUGGCUAUACGUAAUUGAAGGCUCCAUCACCUGUGCCAUCGGACUGGCCAUUUGCUUUAUUCUGCCCGACUUCCCGGAAACAUGGAAGCUCCUGUCCCCAGAGAUGCGCAAAGUUGCCCAACGCCGUCUUGCCAUUGAGGCUGGCGAGGCCGAUGUGGAUGAGAAGGGUGGUGCGAACCAAAUAAGGGGCUUGAAGUUAGCCAUGACCGAUAUCAAGACUUACGCCUUUGCCAUUGCCUAUAUGUGUAUCACCGGAGCAGCUGGCUUCCAGAACUUCUUUCCGACUCUGAUCAAAAACUCGGUUCAUUAUGAUCAGACCAUCUCCCUCGUUCUCGUGGCACCCCCAUACAUUUUCAUGGUCAUUUAUUCUCUCUGUCAUUCCUGGGCUUCUGAUAAAUUGGAGAAGAGAUUCUGGUUCUUCGUUUACCCCAUCCCAAUUACGAUUAUCGGCUUCGUGGUUUAUAUGAAGACCAAUACCUUCGGACCCCGAUACUUCUCCUUCUUCCUCAUGGUCUUCGUCUUUGCCCAAAACGGUACUCUGUACUCGUGGCUCGCCAGUUCGAUCCCUCGCCCACCUGCUAAGCGUGCUGCUGCCUUUGCAUUCUUCAAUUCUCUAGGAAACAGCGCCUCAAUCUGGACACCGUAUACGUACAUGGACAAAGAAGAGCCACACUACGAGACAGCUAUGGGUGUGUGCAUCGCUUUACAAGUCAUCGGUGGACUGUGUGCUCUGUUCUUAUACUUCAACCUGAACAUGCUCAAUAAACGUCAGUUGAGACUUGAGAAUGAAGAGGUAGAGCUCAGCCCGAAGGAUCUUCGUCGAUUGCAGGUUACCGCUGAAGUUGAGGGUAUUGACAUUGCUGCGGCGAGACGGUUGCAGAAGGGAUUCCGUUAUGUAUUAUAA